AUGGUUGCUUGGAGAGCCUCUGUGGUGGCUCUGGCUAGUCUUGUGACUGUUGCUGUUGCUUCGACGGUCGAGAGGUCCGAGACAACGCCAGUUAUCGAGCAGACAAACGUUCCUGGAGCGUUCAUUGUUGAGUUUGCCGACAGCAAGGCAAGUCAACGAACCCCCAUCCCCAUCCUCACCCUUCCCACUCACUCUCACUCUUGUCGGGGCGAGCCUUUGCUAACUGCUGAUCAGGAUGCACCUGCGUUUCUAAGUCGCCUAGAGUCAGAGGCCGGCAUUGUUAAAGUGUCCCAGCGCCUCAGCCUGGACUCCAAGAUCUUCAGGGGCGUCUCCUUCAACGUCGAGGACCACGACGACAAGACUCUCAGCAGGAUCGGCUCUCUGCCCCAGGUCAAGAACAUCUGGCCCGUCCCCCUCAUCGCCGUCCCCGAGAUCGACGUCUCCUGGACCGGCAAGGACCUCAAGCGCAAGUACAAACACAAGCGCCAGACGAACUCGACCGCCUGGCCGCCGCACGUCAUGACGCAGGUCGACAAGCUGCGCGCCGGCGGCUUCACCGGCGAGGGCCUGCGCUUCGGCAUCGUCGACACGGGUAUCGACUACACCCACCCGGCCCUCGGUGGCUGCUUCGGCCCCGGCUGCCUCGUCGAGUUCGGCUACGACCUCGUCGGCGACUCCUACGACGGCACCAGCGCGCCCGUCCCGGACAACGACCCAUUCGAGGACUGUCUCGGCCACGGAACGCACGUCGCCGGCAUCGUCGCGGCCACGGAGAACCCCAUGGGUUUCACCGGCGCGUCGCCGGGCGUCAGGCUGGGCGCGUACCGCACCUUCGCCUGCAACGGCCUGACGUCGGGAGACGUCAUGCUGGCGGGCGUCAUCAGGGCCUUCGAGGACGGCAGCGACAUCAUCACGGGUUCCAUCGGGAGCCCCAACGGGUGGGCCGGGGAGGCCUUUUCUGUGGCCGUCUCGAGGAUCGUGGACGCCGGCGUGCCAUGCACCUUUGCCGCGGGUAACCAGGUCGGCGGCACCGAGGGCUUGUUCGGCCUCAGCAAUCCGAGCUCCGGCGACGGCGUCAUGUCCAUCUCGUCGUACCAGAGCGAAGGCGCCGACAGCGCCGGGAAGGUGUCGGCAUAUACCAGCUGGGGGCCUACCUUUGAGCUUGGCCUCGCACCCAGCUUCGGUGCUCCGGGUGGCGGCAUCAUGAGCACUUGGCCCGUUGCGCUUGGAGAGUACGCCGUGGCGUCUGGCACGUCCAUGGCAACCCCUCUCGUGGCCAGCAUCGUUGCUCUUGUCUCCCAGGCUCGCGGGACUAGGGACCCGGACUUGAUCAAGCGACUCCUGGCGUCGACGGCUAAGCCGAAUCUGUCCCAGAGCUACGGCGGAGAGGACUUCAGCGCCGGCCUCGGCCCGGUCGCGCAGCAAGGUGCGGGCAUGGUGCAGGCCUACGACGCGGCAUACGCAACCUCCAUCCUCAGCGUCGCCGGCAUCUCCUUCAACGACACGGACAGCCUCGUGUCCGAGACCUCCUUCACGGUCACGAACGUCGGGGACUCGGUCGCGACGUACAACGUCUCGCACGCCCCGGCCCUCACGGCCAUCACGCUCAGCGACAUCUACCGCCAGAGCACGCCCGGGCUCUCCACGGCAUACGCAACCCUGACCUUCGAGCCGGCCACCUUCACCCUGGAGCCGAACGCGAGUGCCGAGGUCAGCGUGAGCGUCGUACCCCCGCAAGGGCUCGACGCAGCAACUCUGCCCGUGUACUCCGGAUGGGUCGUCCUCAACGGCACCAACACCGACGACGACAUCGCCCUCUCCGUGCCGUAUGUCGGCGUCGCCGGCUCGAUGAAGAACGCCACGGUCCUCCCUUCCCACCGUCUUUUUCUCUCUCGCAGCGACGACGCGAGGAACCCGACGGUGCUCGCGAACACGACCUUCCAGGUCGCGGCCCCGGCCGCCCACCCGGACUGGGCUCAGCCGCUGCUCGAAACGUCGGAUCUGGUUCUUCCCCUGGGAGCGCUCCCCGACCAGUUCCUCUGGCUGGUGAUGGGCAGCGCGGAGGUUCGUCUCGAGGCCGUGCCGAUUGCGGCUCCUGGGUCCGAGCCGAACCCGGACGCGAAAGACAACGGCCUCGGUCUUGGUGUCACAAGCUUGGGGAAUGUGGCCGGGUAUCCCGUGCUGUUCAGGAGACCCAUCGGCUGGUUGAGCUCCUGGAAUGGAAACCUGGCGGAUGGUUCAUGGGCGCCGGCCGGGCGAUACCGGCUCAGCAUCUUUGCGUUGAAGCUCAUGGCGGAUAGAAGCGUCCCUGAGAGCUGGGAACGGUACGACUCUCCCGAGUUCAUCAUUCGAUACGUGCAGGCUUAG